GUCCAGUGCUUCAACGAUACGAAGCCGAGGAGACCAGAAAAAAGGGGCAAGGCGUACUGGAUUUUGGGGGGUUCGAUUGAUUGGGAGCAAACGACAAUGGAGGUUCCAGGUUCAUCGAAGAAGAUGAUCGCUACGCAGGCGGAGAUGGUGGAGGCCAAGGUCCCACUCUCCUAUAGAGAUCAGUGCGCUCAUCUCCUGAUCCCGCUCAACAAGUGUCGCCAGGCCGAGUUCUACCUUCCAUGGAAGUGCGAGGACGAGCGGCACUCCUACGAGAAGUGCGAGUACGAGCUCGUCAUGGAGAGGAUGCUCGCGAUGCAGAAGAUCCGCGAGGAACAAUCCAAGCAGCAUAACCUCCAAGGAAGUGGCGUUCCUCUCGUGGCGAAAACCGCUAAUGCCUAGAUUCAGCCUCCGAGCGGCGGUUUCUGGUUUUCCGGGAAACACUUGAGCUCUGGAGCUUUUGCGUCUUUCUUGCUGCUAGUGAUGAUAAAAUUGUCGGUACUCUUUCAUCAGAUGCGUGUUCAAGAAUUCUUUUUUUUUUUUAUACUUUUCCUCCCGUUUUUUCAACUCAAAUCUUGUUUACAGAAAUAAACAAAACCCAUCGACAAUAUAAUUCCACAAACCACAUGAGAGUGUAUACCCGGGAUUAUGUCACACAUCUUGCAAAGGUUUUGCAGAGUUUAUCUCAAGAAAAUGGCAGUUGGAUGUAAGCAUUCUGUGUUUUGGCUGGUAAAGGGUUUUUCUGUUCUGUUC